AAUAAAUAAAUAAAAUGAUUUAAAAUUCAAUCGAGAUCCUAAGCUCGUCUCAUCUCUUCUUUCGAUCUUUGAUCUCGUUUCUCUUCACUUCUCCAUCUCCAUCUCCAUCUCCAUCUCCAAGCCAUGAAUCUAUUCGCCAAGAAAACCGAUCCAAAAGAUGCACUUCGGGCUAGCAAACGAGAGAUGACAAAUGCGACAAGAGGUAUCGAGCGGGAGAUUGGAGCAUUGCAGCUAGAGGAAAAGAAGCUGCUUGCUGAGAUAAAGAGGACGGCCAAAACUGGGAAUGAGGCUGCAACUAAAAUUUUAGCUCGCCAACUUAUUAGACUAAGGCAACAAAUUGCUAAUUUACAAGGCAGCAGAGCUCAGAUGCGAGGUAUAGCAACUCACACACAGGCCAUGCAUGCCAACACAGCAGUAGCGGCUGGAAUGAAAGGUGCAACUAAGGCAAUGGGAGCUAUGAACAAGCAAAUGGCGCCUGCAAAACAGUUAAAGAUCAUGCAAGACUUCCAAAAACAGUCAGCACAAAUGGAUAUGACAAGUGAAAUGAUGUCGGAUGCUAUUGAUGAUGCUUUAGACAACGAGGACGCAGAAGAUGAAACUGAGGACCUGACGAAUCAGGUGCUAGAUGAAAUUGGUGUUGAUGUUUCAUCUCAGUUGUCGUCGGCUCCUAAAGGAAGAAUUGCAGGGAAAAAUGCUCAGAGCUCUGAGAGCUCGGAAGUUGAGGAUCUUGAGAGGAGGUUGGCUGCUCUUCGAGGCUGAAGACGCGUGCGCAUAUGAUUAUUUUCAGUGAUUAAUUGUGUAAAUCAUCAAGAUUAUAAUUCCAUGGAAUGAACCGUGGUUGUAUGUAGAGUGCAAUGAGAUGGCUUGAAUUUUUCAUUUUUUUUGAACAUUCAAAUGAGAAAAUUGGAUGAACUCUUCUCAAAUUGAUUUGUCUCUAUGUUGAAUAAACAGUCUUAUACUUGCACA